UUUAGUUUAUAUGUUUUGUGACACAGGAAUUUCCAAUUCACAAGAUAUAGUUAGGCUUGGCUACACGAAUCCAUGUGAAUCGUUGACCCUGAUGAAUUGCUGUUUCACAGGUACCAGAGACGCUUCCAGAAGAAGCACUCUCUAAGAUGAGCACACCACCAAAGAGUGAAUCACCAAUCAUCACACCUGACGAACUAACUGAAGCUGAUGGGUUCGUCUUUGGAUUCCCAACACGGUACGGCAUGAUGGCUGCUCAGUUCAAAGUCUUCUUGGACACUACCGGUGGACUCCGGAGAACUCAGUCACUUGCUGGUAAACCAGCUGGAUCUUCUACAGCACUGGCUCUCAAGGUGGUAGCCAAGAAACCACUGCAAUGACUGAGCCUCAGCCUAAGUACUCUACCACAGAGAAUCAAGUUUUGGACAUGCUAUAAUCUCGAUAGAGAAAUGUACGUAUGCGCAGUAUGGAUGGGACAGGAACAAUUUACGUAGUCAAGGCUGGCUCCAUGUGGUUUUACAACUGGUUAUGGCGUCCUGAUGGUGAUUCUACUUCUUUUUCUUGAGAACCUCAAUAAAUAUAUCAGUUGCAACAUCUAUUUUUAGAAGAGCUGUGAAAUUUAAGAUAAUUACAUAAAUAUUAGUCG